CGCGAUUCGUUCCUCCCAAACCCCAAAAAAGUUCAAUUCCCGCUCCCAAACGGCCCAACCUGAGCUUCCUCUCACCCUCCACCCCUAAAUUUAUGUUUGAUUCCCGAGAAACUUUAGGAAAAUAAAUCAAAUUUUCUCUGGGGCUGUCUAUUAUCUUUUAUCUUUUUAAAGAAAUUUCAUUAUCCUCCUUUCUCUGCCAAAUUCUACGGUUUACUCUCUGGUCCUCGAAGCUCCUCAAAGCUACGUCGUUUUCAAAUUUCUCUCCCUCAUAUUUUCAGGGCAUUGCCUCUAAGAAGUGAGAACAGAAACAGAAAGGCAGAGGUAUGAAGUUCAAGGCAUUCCUCACAGAAAAUGGUGUGAAUCUCCUAGAAAAGAGAUUCCUUCCAGCCCUAGACAAGAUGGGCAAGAUAUGCCACAUCUACUUCACCAGAGACCACACAAUGUUCCUCCACAACCUCCUUAGCGGGAAUGAAGUUCAAUCUAUUGCCCAGUUUCGUAAAGAAGCUCUCUUUGAUGACUACCGAAUCUCCAGCCAGAAUGAGGACCGCAUUGCCUUUGCUGUAGAUAUUUCACUUCUGCACCGUGCCAUUCGUAGUAGUGUUAGCAUUUGUACUGAAUUUGGAAAUGGGCCCACUCAGAAUCGUCUCCAGAUUAAAUUGGUGAAGAAGCUACCACCAAACUGCACUCAACCAAUGCCUUUCCUGACCUUUGAAACCAAGGGUUAUAAAUCUGCAGUUAUUCAAGAUGUACCAAUCUCAAAACCUCUUUCUAGAGCUCAAGUUCUUGAACUCCAAGCUGCUCUUGAUAUGGCUCAAGAUUUGCCUCAGACUCUGGUUCAGAUUCAAGAUUUGAAUCAGUUGCAGAACUUUGUGGAUAGGAUGAAGCAUGUUGGUGAUUUGCUAAACGUCUCUAUUAGCAAAUAUGGGGAUCUACAUGUCCAGAUUUCAACAACAUUAAUCACACUUGGUGCUGAGUUCCGGAAAUUGUUGGUCAUAGGAGAGCAAGCGGAUGCACCAGCUGAAGAUAGAAAUCUGAGUGCUCAGACUCGGUCAGCAAGAGCAAUUUUGAGGGGUGAUGCUCAGUCUGUGCAAGUGAGUGUGAAGCACUUUGCUAAGAGCCUCCAGUGUCACUUGGCGAAGCCAGACUGUGCUUUCUAUGGGAUUGCUCCACAGGGUGCUUGCUUGACGGUGAUAUUUCAAUUCUUCAUUCCCGGUUCUCGUCAGACUGAUAAAUCAAUCAGUCUGCAUUGCAGGCUUCCUGUACUUGACCCAGGGUCCAGUUGAAGGCCAGUUAGUUCACCAUCAAUGACUUAUCAAAAAAAAAAAAAAAAGUUAGUUCACCAUCAAUGGUUAGUUUCUAUGGCUUUGUAGUAAAAUGGUCACUAUGAUAUUAACUAAUUGUCAUUCACAGUUGCAGGGCUCUGUAUGCAUUUGUAGUACUUAACCAACAGUAUUUUGCAUUCACAAGUGCUUGUUUUUUGUCAA